AUGAAUCCUGAAGUUCUGCCCUUCAUCCUGCUGCUGUUUUCCACCGUCCGGGCCUUUCAGUACUCCGAGCUGGCACAGUAUGUGGACAGUCACCAAGAAGAAUAUGUAGAGAGUUUGAGGGACUGGGUUGCCAUCGAGAGCGACUCUAGCAACGUUCAGAAGCGAGCCGACUUGCACCGCAUGAUGGAGAUGGCGGCUGAGAAGCUGAGGCUGAUGGGAGGCACGGUGGAGCUGGUGGACAUCGGAGAACAAGAACUUCCAGACGGGACGACGUUAACGUUGCCUAAAGUGGUGACAGCUCAGUUUGGCAGUGACCCCAACAAGCACACGGUGUGUGUCUACGGUCACGUGGACGUGCAGCCCGCAAAGCUGGAGGACGGCUGGGCGACGGAUCCGUACAACCUGACUGACAUCAAUGGUAACCUCUAUGGAAGAGGAGCAUCUGACAACAAAGCCCCGGUUUUAGCCUGGAUCCACGCGGUCCAGGCUUACCAGGCCCUGAGUAUGGACCUGCCUGUCAACGUGAAGUUUGUCAUCGAGGGCAUGGAGGAGACCGGCUCUAACGGCCUGGAUGCCAUGAUCCUGGCUCAGAGGGACACCUUCUUCUCAGACGUGGACUACAUCAUCAUCUCAGACUGCGGGUGGCUCAGCAGGCGGCCGGCGCUCACCUACGGCACCAGAGGGAACUGCUACUUCUUCGCCGAGGUUGAAGGACCCAAACAGGACCUACAUUCUGGUGUUUAUGGAGGAACUGUGAUCGAACCGAUGACUGACCUUAUUGGUAUUCUGGACACACUAAUCAGUCCAAGUGGAAAGAUCCUGAUUCCAGGGAUCCGGGAGGCGGUGGCUCCCCUCUCUGACGAGGAGUGGAAAAUGUACCAGGACAUCCAGUUUGACAUGGAAAACUACAAGAACAAAAUCGGUGUGAACCAGCUCAUGUACAACAACAAGGUGGAUUUGUUGGCUCACAUGUGGCGAUACCCAACUGUUACCAUCCACGGCAUUGAAGGGGCUUUCUCCGACCCUGGAACCAAGACCGUCAUUCCUGCUAAAGUCACAGCAAAAUUCUCAAUCAGACAAGUUCCCAACAUGGACCCGGCGAUGGUGAAGAAACAGGUGAGUGACUACCUUCACUCCGUCUUCGCCAAGAGGAAGAGUCCCAACAAGCUGAAGGUCACCAUGGUGAUCGGGGCCAAACCUUGGCUGGCCGACACUCAGCAUCCCCUCUACGAGGCUGGAAAGGCCGCCGUCAAGAGAGUGUUCGACAUGGAGCCUGACCUGAUCCGUGAGGGAGGGACCAUCCCUAUUGCUAGAACUUUCCAGGAUGUGACGGGAAAGAGCAUCAUCAUGAUGCCCAUCGGAGGCUUCGAUGACGGACUGCACUCACAGAACGAGAAAAUGAGCAGGUACAACUACAUCGAAGGCACCAAGUAUUUCAUCGCCUACUUGCAUGAAGUGUCGCAGAUUACGAAGACCAGCGUGUGAUGAAUCCUCAUCCAGUAUUCCAACAAACUGUGCAUGCUAUCUAU